AUGGAAUACGUCAAUCUUGGGCGGUCUGGCCUCAAAGUAUCCAAAAUUAUCUUGGGAUGCAUGUCUUACGGUGAAAAAGAUUGGGCUGAAUGGGUGCUUGAAGAGCCCGAGUCUUUGGAGAUGCUUCAUCAUGCGUACCAGCGGGGAAUCAAUACCUGGGACACGGCGAAUGUUUACAGCUAUGGAAGAUCAGAGGAGAUUGUGGGAAAGGCGCUGAAAAAGUACAAUAUUCCGCGUGAGCGCGUUGUCAUCAUGUCAAAGUGCUACUUUGGCGCCGAGAAAGGACCCAUCGGGUCAGCUGGGGGGCGGACCAACGACGGCGUGUUUGUAAACCGAAUGGGACUUUCUCGCAAGCACAUUCUUGACUCGGUUGAGGAGAGCGUUAAGCGACUUGGAACGUAUCUUGAUGUUCUUUGGAUUCAUCGACUUGAUCGGGAGACGCCAAAAGAGGAAAUUAUGCGUGCACUGAACGACGUGAUCGAGCGGGGCUGGGUUCGGUACAUUGGUGCAAGCUCAAUGGCUGCAUGGGAAUUUCAGCAGCUGCAAAAUAUUGCCGAGAAGCACGGAUGGCAUAAAUUCGUGGCGAUGCAAAACUUAUAUAACCUAUUGUAUCGCGAAGAAGAGCGCGAAAUGAUCCCUUACUGCCAGAACACCGGGGUUGGCCUGACCCCCUGGUACGCAUUGGCGUCUGGGACUCUUGCGCGGCCAUGGAAUGGGCCAAGCACUGAACGUUCUACUCAUGACAAGUUCCGUCAGACAGUCCUUGGCAAGGGUGAGGAAGCAGACAAGGUCAUUGUUGACCGUGUGGAAGAAAUUGCCAAGAAGAAGGGCGUUGCCAUGGCACAGGUAACUAUCGCAUGGCUGCUGAGCAAAAAAUAUGUGACACCUAUUCUUGGUCUUAGCAAGACAAGCCGGAUUGAUGAGGCAGUCGACGCAGUCAAGGUCAAGUUGACGGACGAAGAGAUUUCGUAUCUAGAAGAGCCUUACCAGCCAAAGCGCGUAACCGGGUAUUAA